AUCAUGAAUAGUUCUAACGUGAUUGCGCUGAUCUCGGUGCACAACGCAUCACACAACACAUGCGCACUAGAAUUUUUCGUUUUUACAAUAAUAAUUAUUGUUAUUAUACCUAUACAUCCUCUGCAAUCUCUUUAUCACGACACGACACCACCCGCUCGCCCUAUGUUUGGAUGUUUGCAGUAAGUAUAAUGUCUAUGAGUAUAAUAAUUAAUAAACAUUAUUGGGGUUGAGAAUUAUAAUAUUAUAAUUUAUAGCUUGGUAGUUAUACGGGCGAGUCGCACACUGAUGGCGCCUCCUGACGUUUGGUUAAAAUGCGGUUAGUUUAGUCAGGGAAUAGGCGUUGCUACACCGUGUCUUUUUCAGUUUUUUUGAAUGAUUUCUGGCAAAUAACUUAAUUUGGUUAAUAUGAGGUAGGUAACGGUUAGGCCAUACACAAUUUUCAAUGAUUUCUAAGUCUUAACUUCUGUUGAAAAUACAUUAUUGUAGGAUCGUUCUACGUUGUUUGGAUAAUGUUAUAAACUUAAAACUUAUUUGCAACGUGUGGUAUGACUUUCAAUUAUGAUUAGGCAGGUGUUCAUUAUUAAAAAUAAAUCGUGUAUGUUUUAUUGGUAUUUAUUUGAAGUAAGUUAUGCACAUAAAUAUGAUAUUAUAGAUUCAACAAAGCACCCGAAAAAUCUAAAAGAGUGUAAUUGUUUGCCAACGUGUUCUAUGAUCGAAUAUGAAGUAACAGAUACAUCAAAUGUUGACGAUUGGAAUUACAUAAAAUCAAUCAAUUUAGUACAAAAUAAUUCUAGAGGUGCUACGAUUGAAUUAGUUUUCAAAAAACCUUAUUUGACGGCAUAUACAUCCGCAUCGAUUUUAAACCUGGAAUCUCUAAUUAGUAACGUUGGAGGAUUAUUAGGUUUGAUUUUGGGCAUGAAUCUAAUUAAUAUUUUUGAAAUAUUGUAUAUUUUAAUUAAAAUGUUCAAUUACUAUAUUAUUACUUUGUUCUUUACGAAAUGAGACGAACUUAUGUUCAUUAUUCGUAGGUAUAUAAUUAAUAAUAAAAAUAGUUCUAAUGUCUGUAAAAUGUGUUUACAUUACCAAUAGAUAGGUACUUGCCUACUUCAGCAUCCACAAGCAUCGAAUAUCGAAGAUCCUUUAUCGAGACAAUGAAUUAUUCUUAAGUUUUCCUAUCUAUUGUGAAAUUAUUGUAAUAAUAUUAUACCUAUCGUUUAAUUAGCAUUAAAUAAAAUCAACAUAUCUGUAAUUAAAUAGAAAGUUGUCAUGUAACUAUAUAAUAUUAUCGCUGUACUCAUUAAAAUAUAACUAUUA